UACCUUCAAAACACGAGAGUUCGCAAACACAGUGAUCUAACACUGAGGAGUGUCAGAAGUUUCCCGCUCAGCACUGACUGAACUUAGACACUUACAACGAUGAAAUCAUCGUACAUCUAUUGUUUGUGACUCCGGAUACAGACAUGACAUAAGUUAGACUCGGUUUGGAAACUUUGGCACGAGUUGAAGUCAAUUGAGUUAGCAUCUUGCGUCGUUCCUCUCCAAAAUGGCGUCUGCAAAAGUUGCUAAUCUCAAGCGUUAUGGGUCGUCUAUGAAAAAAGACAGCCCCCUGGGUGAAAAUGAGGAUGACAAACCUGCACCGAAGUUGGAAGACUUGGAUUUACUGAAAACUAUAGGCACAGGUACAUUUGGGCGUGUUAUCCAGGUGCGUCAGAAGGGGACGAAGCAAUACCUGGCUCUCAAGGUGAUGGCCAUGGCAGAAAUCAUUCGCCUGAAGCAGGCUGAUCACAUCAAGAGUGAGAAGGAGAUACUGUCCAAGAGCCAUCAUCCGUUUAUUGUGAAUAUGUUGUGGUCAUGUCACGACGAGAAGUUCCUGUACAUGUUGAUGGAGUAUGUUCCAGGAGGAGAACUGUUUUCUUAUCUUCGCACACAUGGGUUUUCCAAAAACUCAGAUGCAAACUUUUAUGCGUGUGAAAUUGUAUGUGCAUUGGACUUCCUUCAUUCCCAGCAAAUUGUGUACAGAGACUUAAAACCGGAAAACUUGUUGUUAGACACAGAAGGACACAUGAAAAUAACGGACUUCGGUUUUGCUAAGAAGGUGAUAGACAGAACGUGGACGCUCUGUGGCACUCCAGAGUACUUGGCACCAGAGAUUAUACAGAGUAAGGGCCACAACAAGGCCGUGGACUGGUGGUCAUUGGGGGUUCUUAUAUAUGAAAUGCUGGUCGGGUUCCCUCCAUUCUAUGAUGAAAAUCCAUUCGGUAUCUACCAGAAAAUCCUUGCAGGGAAAAUAGAGUGGUCCAAGGCCCUGGAUCCUGUUGCCAAAGAUCUAAUUAAGAAGCUUCUUGUUCAUGACAGGACAAGGAGACUGGGGAAUAUGAAGUUUGGGGCUGAGGAUGUGAAGAGACACCGAUGGUUCAAGGGCAUCAACUGGGAUGACGUCUUCAACCGAAAACUCAAGCCCCCAAUUGUUCCAAAGCUUGCCUACUCAGGUGAUACAACAAAUUUUGACGACUAUUCCGAUGAUAACUGGCAGGACGCUGCUGCCGUUGAUCAAGAAACAAAGGACAUCUUUGCUGACUUUUAGUCGUCCUUCAUUAAAGGAGAGCCCUCCAUCUUGCUCAAGUGCCGAGCGUUGUCACCAGGCAUGGACAUUGUCGCAUUUGUCAAGACCUUCUUCAACGACGUUUGGUGUUUUAUUUCAUUAUGUGAUGAAAUGAAGGUAUACCUAUUAGUAUCUUCCAGUACAGUCUUUCAAAGUGUUUGGCUUGCAAUAAAGGUCAACCUGAACGUG